CCUUGAGUGGCCCCCCUCAGAGAGGACACACACUCAGCAGUCACAUCAACUCAGAACCAAAUAGCCAUCUUUGGGAUUUAAGGAACACUUGUCAUUCCAGUUGAAAUCAGAGAUUUCUGAUUGGACAGAAUGGCCUCUGGUGUGGAGAAGUCCAAAAACUUCCGUAUUGAGGCACUACUGGCUGAAGAUGUGGUGCGGGGACCAGACAGUGACAAUGCCUCCCGUGAGGUGAUCUACACUGGGAGUCCCGUCGGUAGUCCGCUGUCUAGCCGAGGCUCCGAGACAUCGUCACCUCGGCCAGGCAAUGACAACCAAGUCCAGUCUGGAAUGACGUCCAACAUCUCUCUGUAUAACUUGUCGCAGGCGGGAUUCACCACAAUGCACGUUGGGGGAUUCCUGGGAGUGCACUCAAGAUCCGUGUACCCCCCAGGCACCAUUGGAGCCCACCCACCGGCCUUCAUGUACCCUGGCUUCUCGCAUCUGGUACAUCCGUACCCGGGGCAUCUGAAGGGGGGCAGCAUGGUCGCAGGACACGCAUUAGAUCCUUGGAUCAGAGCAGGGAUGAUGUUCCCAACAGUCGGAGAAUUUGGAGCACAAGCCCAAACAGGUUUUUUGGGGAAGUGUCGGAAGCCCAGGACGGCUUUUACCAGUCAGCAGCUUUUGGAACUGGAAAACCAAUUCAAGCUCAACAAAUACCUGUCCAGACCAAAACGCUUUGAAGUGGCCACUUCACUUAUGUUGACAGAGACCCAGGUUAAGAUCUGGUUCCAGAACAGACGAAUGAAGUGGAAGAGAAGUCGUAAAUCGAAGGAGCAAGCAAGCCCAUCAUCUCCACUGACCGACAGUGAAAAACCUGACAGUGUCAAACUUCAGGUUGACUCUCAUAGCUCCAGCUUGGAGGAUGAAUACGAGCUGGAGGGAGAGGAAGAAAAUGAGGACACAAGUGUGAUGCCAUGUUCUCUUCUAAGGCUUGCCGGCGGAGCGGCAGGGAACUACAGUUCCUUUUUACAAAAGGAGCUGGAGGAGGAAAGAAAUGGGGUUGUGCCUUAGUACAUGUUUUAUGGUUUACAUUUCAGAAGACGAUGCACAAUGGAAACUGUAGUGCAUAAACAUAUUAUUUAUUUCUACCAAUUGCUGAGCACCCAAACAGGUACAUGGGAAGUAUUUACUUGUACAUUAUCAGCCAGGGAAACUUGUUUUACAUCAUGACCACUUAGAUCAGGGGUCGGGAACCUUUUUGGCUGAGAGAGCCCUGAAAGCCAAAUAUUUUCAAAUGCAUUUCUGUGAGAGCCAUAUCAUAUUUUUUAACACUGAAUAGAAUAGAAUAGAAUAGAAAUGAAUAGAAUAGACUUUAUUGUCAUUAUAUUUGCAUAUAACGAGAUUAAAGACUCCAACUUAAGGUGAGGUUGUGGGAACAAAUAUGGGGUAAAAUAAAUAACACAAGAGGUAAUAAAGGAAAAACUAACAAUUGAAAUAAACAGACUACUAUCUAUUAAAAAUAACAAGUAAUCCUGUACAAUAUAAAAAACACUAUAGAAAUACAAAAUACUGUAUAAAAUACAGAACAAGACAAGAGUACCAAAGUAAUAAUACAAGUAAAUGCGUGCACUUUUUAAGUAAGACCAACAUUUUUAGAGUAUAAUAAGUCUCAAAUUAUUUUUUAAUAACAUUGAUAUUGCUUGAACAGGUGCGGUAGAAAACGGAUGAGAAUGUUUUAUAUUUUGAACGCUAUUUUUAACAUCGUGAUUACCAGCGGAAUUAUUCAUUACUUAUUGUGUUAAGCAAUGUCAGCUAAGGUUUAUCUGAGAGCCAGUUGCGGUCAUCAAAAGAGCCACAUCUGGCUCUAGAGCCAUAGGUUCCCUACCCCUGACUUAGAUACUGCCUUUCAAUGGUUGAACAACCUCCAAAAUUACUAAUUCAUGACUUUAGACUCCAAAAAUGUUUCCGACAUGAAGGACUUUCAUACGAACAAUAAAUAUAAAUAGAUACUGUGUCUUUAAAUGUAUUUAAGUUGCGUAUAUAAAGCGAGACAUAGCAACAGCACUUCACUUUUGCUUUUUUUGGCUGGUUUUGAAACUAAUUACACAUUCCUCCAAAUUUAUAUAUAUAUAUAUAUAUA